AUGUCUGGAGCCGGGAAUCGAGAAGCUGUCUUCCCAACACGACAGUCCUUGGGAUUGAUGAAAUCGAAGUUGAAGGGAGCGCAAACUGGUCAUGAUUUAUUAAAGAGAAAGAGUGAAGCUUUAACUAAGCGUUUCCGAGAAAUCACCCGCCGAAUCGAUGAAGCCAAACGAAAGAUGGGUCGCGUAAUGCAGAUAGCCGCCUUUUCUCUAGCAGAAGUAACCUAUGCGGUAGGAGGAGAUAUUGGUUACCAAGUACAAGAAUCCGCAAAAUCGGCACGAUUCCGUGUACGGACGAAGCAAGAGAAUGUAUCGGGUGUAUUCCUACCGGCUUUUGAAAGCUAUACAACCGAAGGCAAUAAUGAUUUUGGCUUGACGGGCUUAGGAAAGGGUGGUCAACAGGUACAGAGAUGUAGAGAGACUUAUGCGAGAGCGGUAGAGACAUUGGUAGAAUUAGCCAGUUUACAGACUGCUUUUGUUAUUUUGGAUGAGGUUAUCAAGGUUGUGAACAGGAGAGUAAACGCAAUUGAACAUGUGAUUAUUCCACGCACAGAGAACACCAUCAAAUAUAUCAACUCAGAGCUCGAUGAAUUGGACAGAGAAGAAUUCUUUCGAUUGAAGAAGGUCCAAAAUAAAAAGCAGAGAGACACAGCUGCUCAAGAUGCCGAGAUGAAGGCCAAGAAAGAAGCAGCAGCAGAGAAGGAGAAGGCCGGUGGUAGUGAUAAGGAGAAUUCGUCUCAUACCGGAGAUAUUCUAGGUGACGAGGAAGAUGCGGACGUCAUUUUCUGA